AUGUACUGUGUAACCUUUGGCGAAAUUCUUGGACAUGAUGUGGAUGGAGAGCAAGCUUGGAAGGACUAUGUACCAGAGUGGUGUACGGUGAAAGGCCGAGCGUUUUUGUCCAAACACCUCUCGAAUUUGGAUGAAUGUAAAAAGCUUUGCAUUAUGAUGAAUCCUAAAUGUAAUGCUGUGGAAUGGUGGCAACAAUUUGGAGGAAUCUGCUAUGAAUGUACAAAGCCUUACUUGAAAUGUCCAUACCAUAAUCUAGGGAGCCUUGUUUAUCCUCCUCACGUCCUCAUUAAGGAAAACAAAUCUGAUAUUUAUGAUUGUGCUAAGUUUCCUUGUAAGAAUGGUGGUACUUGUAAAAAUACUCCUUGGAGUUACCAGUGCACGUGUAAACUUGGUUAUACAGGCAAGAACUGCGAGAAAGAUAUCGAUGAAUGUGUUGGAUCUCCCUGCAAAAACGGUGCUACUUGUCAGAAUAUUCCCGGAAGUCACAAAUGUAACUGUAAACCCGGAUUUACAGGCAGAGACUGCGGAAAAGAUAUUAACGAGUGUGCUGGAUCUCCUUGUAAAAACGGCGCUAAAUGUCUAAAUAUUCCGGGGAGAUACCUGUGCAGUUGUAAAUCAGGUUUUACAGGAAGGAACUGCGACACAGAUAUCAACGAAUGUCUUACGAGGCCUUGCUGCAAUGGCGGGACUUGCGAGAACAUAGCGGGAAGCUACAGAUGCAAAUGUAAAUCAGGAUAUCUAGGAAAACACUGCGAGAUCGUAUUUGAUGAAUGCAGACACUACGAAGUCCUCAACGACAGAGAGCGCGCUGCAGGGCGUCACAGGGGUAACAUCCUUAAGUGUGACCAGAGAGAUCUUGUUACCCCUAAAUGGUACAGGUUUACCGGAGCAGCUGGUGCUCAAAUGCCAACGGCAUGUGUUCCGAAACACUACUGCGGAACUCGUGCACCAGGAUGGUUGAGUGGCUCACAUCCAACAAGAGUCGGGCAGGUUGUGAACGGGAAGGUGUGUUUCCAUUGGGGCUCCAACUGUUGCAACUGGAAUGCUGCUAUUCAAAUAAAGAAAUGCAACGGGUUUUACGUUUACAAACUUUCGAGGACGCCUGUAUGUUGGCUGAGAUACUGUGGAAAUGCCGGCUUUGACCCGUGCAAAGCUAGUAAGCCUUGUCAAAAUGGCGCCAGUUGUGUCAACCAGAAUGGAGGCUACACUUGCCUCUGCAAGCCUGGGUACCAAGGAAAGAACUGCGAGCAAGAUGUUAACGAAUGUGUCACGAAACCUUGCCGUAACAGUGGAACUUGUGAGAAUUUACAGGGUAGCUACAGAUGCAAAUGCAAAGCAGGAUUUCUUGGCAAGCACUGCGAGAUAGUUUUCGAUAAUUGCAAACAUUAUGAAGUUCUAAGUGACAGAGAGCGGGCUGCAGGGCGUCACAGGGGCAAUAUCCUUAAGUGUGACCAGAAGGACCUUGUAACUCCCAAAUGGUACAGGUUUGCAGGUGCAGCUGGUGUGCAAAUGCCAACGGCUUGUGUUCCAAAACAUUACUGCGGAACUCAUGCGCCAGGAUGGUUAAGUGGCUCACAUCCAACAAGAGUCGGGCAGGUUGUGAACGGGAAGGUGUGUUUCCACUGGGGUUCCAGUUGUUGCAACUGGAAUGCAGCCAUUCAAAUAAAGAAAUGCAACGGUUUUUACGUGUACAAGCUUUCGAGGACACCAGGAUGUUGGCUGAGGUAUUGCGGAAACGCAGGGUUUGACCCGUGCAAAGCUAGCAAGCCUUGUCAAAAUGGCGCCACCUGUGUCAACCAGAAUGGUGGGUACACUUGCCUCUGCAAGUCAGGGUACCAAGGAAAGAACUGCGAGCAAGAUAUCAAUGAAUGUCUUACGAGGCCUUGCCGCAAUGGCGGGACUUGCGAGAACAUAGCGGGAAGCUACAGAUGCAAAUGUAAAUCAGGAUAUCUAGGAAAACACUGCGAGAUCGUAUUUGAUGAAUGCAGACACUACGAAGUCCUCAACGACAGAGAGCGCGCUGCAGGGCGUCACAGGGGUAACAUCCUUAAGUGUGACCAGAGAGAUCUUGUUACCCCUAAAUGGUACAGGUUUACCGGAGCAGCUGGUGCUCAAAUGCCAACGGCAUGUGUUCCGAAACACUACUGCGGAACUCGUGCACCAGGAUGGUUGAGUGGCUCACAUCCAACAAGAGUCGGGCAGGUUGUGAACGGGAAGGUGUGUUUCCAUUGGGGCUCCAACUGUUGCAACUGGAAUGCUGCUAUUCAAAUAAAGAAAUGCAACGGGUUUUACGUUUACAAACUUUCGAGGACGCCUGUAUGUUGGCUGAGAUACUGUGGAAAUGCCGGCUUUGACCCGUGCAAAGCUAGUAAGCCUUGUCAAAAUGGCGCCAGUUGUGUCAACCAGAAUGGAGGCUACACUUGCCUCUGCAAGCCUGGGUACCAAGGAAAGAACUGCGAGCAAGAUGUUAACGAAUGUGUCACGAAACCUUGCCAUAACAGUGGAACUUGUGAGAAUUUACAGGGUAGCUACAGAUGCAAAUGCAAAGCAGGAUUUCUUGGCAAGCACUGCGAGAUAGUUUUCGAUAAUUGCAAACAUUAUGAAGUUCUAAGUGACAGAGAGCGGGCUGCAGGGCGUCACAGGGGCAAUAUCCUUAAGUGUGACCAGAAGGACCUUGUAACUCCCAAAUGGUACAGGUUUGCAGGUGCAGCUGGUGUGCAAAUGCCAACGGCUUGUGUUCCAAAACAUUACUGCGGAACUCAUGCGCCAGGAUGGUUAAGUGGCUCACAUCCAACAAGAGUCGGGCAGGUUGUGAACGGGAAGGUGUGUUUCCACUGGGGUUCCAGUUGUUGCAACUGGAAUGCAGCCAUUCAAAUAAAGAAAUGCAACGGUUUUUACGUGUACAAGCUUUCGAGGACACCAGGAUGUUGGCUGAGGUAUUGCGGAAACGCAGGGUUUGACCCGUGCAAAGCUAGCAAGCCUUGUCAAAAUGGCGCCACCUGUGUCAACCAGAAUGGUGGGUACACUUGCCUCUGCAAGUCAGGGUACCAAGGAAAGAACUGCGAGCAAGAUGUUAACGAAUGUGUCGCAAAACCUUGCCGUAACGGUGGAACUUGUGAGAAUUUAAAGGGUAGCUACAGAUGCAAAUGCAAAGCAGGCUUUCUUGGAAAGCACUGCGAGAUAGAUAUCAAUGAGUGUGCUAAAUCCCCUUGUAAGAACAGUGCUUCUUGUCAAAAUAUUCCUGGAAGUUACCGAUGCAAGUGUAAAUCCGGAUAUACUGGACGAAACUGUCAAACUGAUAUCGAUGAAUGUGUUGGAUCUCCCUGCAAAAACGGUGCUACUUGUCAAAAUACUCCCGGAAGUCACAAAUGUAACUGUAAACCCGGAUUUACAGGCAAAGACUGCGGAAAAGAUGUGGACGAGUGCACAGGUUCUCCUUGCAAAAACGGUGCUCUAUGUCAAAAUGUUCCCGGCAGUUAUCGAUGCAGUUGUAAAUCAGGAUUUGCAGGCGGAAACUGUCAAAGAAAUAUUGACGAGUGUGCUGGAUAUCCCUGUAAAAACGGUGCUACAUGUCAAAAUAUUCCCGGGAGUUACCUGUGCUGGUGUAAAGCAGGUUUUACAGGAAGGAACUGCGAGACAGAUAUCAAUGAAUGUGUUAAAGCCCCUUGUAAGAACGGUGCUACUUGCCAAAAUAUUGCUGGAAGCUACCAGUGCGCCUGUAAACCUGGCUAUACAGACAGGAACUGUGAGACAGAUGUGGACGAGUGCACAAGUUCUCCUUGCAAAAACGGUGCUCUAUGUCAAAAUGUUCCCGGCAGUUACCGGUGCAGCUGUAAAUCAGGAUUUGUAGGCAGACAUUGUCAAAGAGAUAUUAACGAGUGUGCUGGAUCUCCAUGUAAAAACGGCGCCACAUGUAAAAAUAUUCCCGGAAGUUACCUAUGCAGUUGUAAAGCAGGUUUUAAUGGAAGGAACUGCGACACAGACAUCAAUGAGUGUGCUAAAUCCCCCUGUAAGAACGGUGCUACUUGUCAAAAUCUACCUGGAAGUUACCGAUGCAAGUGUAAAUCCGGAUAUACUGGACGAAACUGUCAAACUGACAUAAAUGAGUGUGCUAAAUCCCCGUGUAAGAACGGUGCUACUUGUCAAAAUAUCGCUGGAAGCUACCAGUGCGUCUGUAAACCUGGCUAUACAGACAGUAACUGUGAGACAGAUAUAGACGAGUGCGCUAAAUCUCCGUGUCAAAACAAUGCCUUGUGUCAAAAUCUUCCGGGAGGUUACCGAUGCAACUGUAAAUCUGGACAUACUGGACGAAAUUGUGGAACUGAUAUUGACGAGUGUGCUAGAUCUCCUUGUAAGAACGGCGCUACAUGUCAAAAUAUUCCCGGGAAUUACCUGUGCAGAUGUAAAGCAGGUUUUACAGGAAAGAACUGUAACACAGAUAUUGACGAAUGUGCUGGAUCUCCUUGUAAAAACGGCGCUAAAUGUUCAAAUAUUCCCGGGAGUUACCUGUGCAUUUGUAAAGCAGGUUUUACUAGGAAAAACUGCGACUCAGACAUCAAUGAGUGUGCAAAAUCCCCUUGUAAGAACGGUGCUAGUUGUCAAAAUAUUCCUGGAAGUUACCGAUGCAAGUGUAAAUCCGGAUAUACUGGACGAAACUGUCAAACUGAUAUUGACGAAUGUGCUGGAUCUCCUUGUAAAAACGGCGCUAAAUGUUCUAAUAUUCCCGGGAGUUACCGGUGUAGUUGUAAAGCAGGUUUCAUAGGAAGGAACUGCGAGACAGAUAUCAAUGAAUGUGCUAAGUCCCCUUGUAAGAACGGUGCUACUUGUCAAAAUAUUGCUGGAAGCUACCAAUGCGCGUGUAAACCUGGCUACAUAGACAGGAACUGUGAGACAGAUAAAGAUGAGUGCGCUAAAUCUCCGUGUCAAAACGAUGCCUUGUGUCAAAACCUUCCUGGAAGUUACCGAUGCAAAUGUAAAUCCGGAUAUAUUGGACGAAACUGCGAAAGUGAUAUCGAUGAAUGUGUUGGAUCGCCAUGCAAAAACGGUGCUACUUGUCAAAAUAUUCCCGGAAGUCACAAAUGUAACUGUAAACCCGGAUUUACAGGCAGAGACUGCGGAAAAGGUUUAACAGGAAGGAACUGCGACACAGAUAUCAAUGAGUGUGCUAAAUCCCCUUGUAAGAACGGUGCAACAUGUCAAAAUACUGCUGGAAGCUACCAAUGUGCGUGUCAACGUGGCUAUGCAGACAGGAACUGUGAGACAGAUAUAGACGAGUGUGCUGCAUCUCCGUGUCAAAACGAUGCCUUGUGUCAAAAUAUUCCAGGAAGUUACCGAUGCAAGUGUAAAUCCGGAUAUACUGGACGAAAUUGUCAAAUUGAUAUUAACGAGUGUGCUGGCUCUCCGUGUAAAGACGGUGCUACAUGUCUUAAUAUUCCCGGAAGUUACAUCUGCAGAUGUACAGCAGGUUUUACAGGAAGGAACUGCAACGCAGAUAUUGACGAAUGUGCUGGAUCUCCUUGUAAAAACGGCGCUAAAUGUUCAAAUAUUCCCGGGAGUUACCUGUGCAGUUGUAAAGCAGGUUUUACAGGAAAGAACUGCGACACAGACAUCAAUGAGUGUGUAAAAUUCCCUUGUAAGAACGGUGCUAGUUGUCAAAAUCUUCCUGGAUGUUACCGAUGCAAGUGUAAAUCCGGAUAUACUGAACGAAACUGUCAAACUAAUAUCGAUGAAUGUGUUGGAUCUCCAUGCAAAAACGGUGCAACUUGUCAAAACAUUCCCGGAAGUCACAAAUGUAAUUGUAAACCCGGAUUUACAGGCAAAGACUGCGGAAAAGAUAUUGACGAAUGUGCUGGAUCUCCUUGUAAAAACGGCGCUAAAUGUGUAAAUAUUCUCGGGAGUUACCUGUGUAGUUGUAAAGCAGGUUUUACAGGAAGGAACUGCGACACAGAUAUCAAUGAAUGUGCUAAGUCCCCUUGUAAGAACGGUGCUACUUGUCAAAAUAUAGCUGGAAGCUACCAAUGCUCGUGUAAACCUGGCUACAUAGACAGGAACUGUGAGACAGAUAUAGAUGAGUGCGCUAAAUCUCCGUGUCAAAACGAUGCCUUGUGUCAAAAUCUUCCUGGAAGUUACCGAUGCAAGUGUAAAUCCGGAUUUAUUGGACGAAACUGCGAAAGUGAUAUCGAUGAAUGUGUUGGAUCUCCAUGCAAAAACGGUGCAACUUGUCAAAAUAUUCCCGGAAGUCACAAAUGUAAUUGUAAACCCGGAUUUACAGGCAGAGACUGCGGAAAAGAUAUCAAUGAGUGUGCUAAAUCCCCUUGUAAGAACGGUGCAACUUGUCAAAAUACUGCUGGAAGCUACCAAUGCGCGUGUCAACGUGGCUAUGCAGACAGGAACUGUGAGACAGAUAUAGACGAGUGUGCUGCAUCUCCGUGUCAAAACGAUGCCUUGUGUCAAAAUCUUCCAGGAAGUUACCGAUGCAAUUGUAAAUCCGGAUAUACUGGACGAAAUUGUCAAAUUGAUAUUGACGAAUGUGCUGGAUCUCCUUGUGAAAACGGCGCUAAAUGUUCUAAUAUUCCUGGGAGUUACCUGUGCAGUUGUAAAGCAGGUUUUACAGGAAAGAACUGCGACACAGAUAUCAAUGAGUGUGCUAAGUCCCCUUGUAAGAACGGUGCUACUUGUCAAAAUAUAGCUGGAAGCUACCAGUGCGCAUGUAAACCUGGCUAUACAGACAGGAACUGUGAGACAGAUAUAGACGAGUGUGCUGCAUCUCCGUGUCAAAACGAUGCCUUGUGUCAAAAUCUUCCUGGAAGUUACCAAUGCAAGUGUAAGUUCGGAUAUACUGGACGAAACUGUCAAACUGAUAUUAACGAAUGUGCUGGAUCUCCUUGUAAAAACGGCGCUACAUGUCAAAAUAUUCUCGGGAGUUACCUGUGCAGAUGUAAAGCAGGUUUUACAGGAAGAAACUGUUCUUUAGAUGUUGACGAAUGUGCUGGAACUCCCUGUAAAAACGGCGCUAAAUGUUCUAAUAUUCCCGGGAGUUACCUUUGCAGUUGUAAAGCAGGUUUUACAGGAAAGAACUGCGACACAGACAUCAAUGAGUGUGCAAAAUCCCCUUGUAAGAACGGUGCUAGUUGUCAAAAUAUUCCUGGAAGUUACCGAUGCAAGUGUAAAUCCGGAUAUACUGGACAAAAAUGUCAAACUGACAUCAAUGAGUGUGCAAGAUCCCCCUGUAAGAACGGUGCUACUUGUCAAAAUAUUCCUGGAAGUUACCGAUGCAAGUGUAAACCUGGAUAUACUGGACGAAACUGUCAAACUGAUGUGGACGAGUGCACAGGUUUUCCUUGCAAAAACGGUGCUCUAUGUCAAAAUGUUCCCGGCAGUUAUCGAUGCAGUUGUAAAUCAGGAUUUGCGGGAAGAAACUGUCAAAGAGAUAUUGACGAGUGUCCUGGAUCUCCUUGCAAAAACGGCGCUACGUGUCAAAAUAUUCCCGGGAGUUACCUGUGUAGUUGUAAAGCAGGUUUUACAGGAAGGAACUGCGACACAGAUAUCAAUGAAUGUGCUAAGUCCCCUUGUAAGAACGGUGCUACUUGUCAAAAUAUUGCUGGAAGCUACCAAUGCGCGUGUAAACCUGGCUACUUAGACAGGAACUGUGAGACAGAUAUAGAUGAGUGCGCUGAAUCUCCGUGUCGAAACGAUGCCUUGUGUCAAAAUCUUCCUGGAAGUUACCGAUGCAAGUGUAAAUCCGGAUACAUUGGACGAAACUGCGAAAGUGAUAUCGAUGAAUGUGUUGGAUCUCCAUGCAAAAACGGUGCCACUUGUCAAAAUAUUCCCGGAAGUCACAAAUGUAACUGUAAACCCGGAUUUACAGGCAGAGACUGCGGAAAAGAUAUCAAUGAGUGUGCUAAGUCUCCUUGUAAGAACGGUGCUACUUGUCAAAAUAUAGCUGGAAGCUACCAGUGCGCGUGUAAACCUGGCUAUACAGACAGGAACUGUGAGACAGAUAUAGAUGAGUGUGCUGCAUCUCCGUGUCAAAACGAUGCCUUGUGUCAAAAUCUUCCUGGAAGUUACCAGUGCAAGUGUAAAUUCGGAUAUACUGGACGAAACUGUCAAACUGAUAUUAACGAAUGUGCUGGAUCUCCUUGUAAAAACGGCGCUACAUGUCAAAAUAUUCCCGGGAGUUACCUGUGCAGAUGUAAUGCAGGUUUUACAGGAAGAAACUGCAACUCAGAUGUUGACGAAUGUGCUGGAUCUCCUUGUAAAAACGGCGCUAAAUGUUCAAAUAUUCCCGGGAGUUACUUGUGCAGUUGUAAAGCAGGUUUUACAGGGAAGAACUGCGACGCAGACAUCAAUGAGUGUGCAAAAUCCCCUUGUAAGAACGGUGCUAGUUGUCAAAAUCUUCCUGGAAGUUACCGAUGCAAGUGUAAAUCCGGAUAUACUGGACGAAACUGUCAAACUGAUAUCGAUGAAUGUGUUGGAUCUCCAUGUAAAAACGGUGCAACUUGUCAAAACAUUCCCGGAAGUCACAAAUGUAACUGUAAACCCGGAUUUACAGGCAAAGACUGCGGAAAAGAUAUCGACGAGUGUGCUGGAUCUCGUUGCAAAAACGGCGCUGGUUGUCAAAAUCUUCUGGGGAGUUACCAGUGCAGUUGUAAAACAGGUUAUGCAGGCAGAAACUGCGAGAAAGAUAUCGAUGAAUGCGUCACUGAAAAGCCCUGUAAAAAUAAUGCCAAGUGUGAUAACAUCCCUGGCAGUUACCGCUGUAGCUGCGCCCGUGGGCACACUGGACGCAACUGCCAUAUUGAUAUCAAUGAAUGCGCAAAACAAAAUGGCGGAUGCUCUCACAGGUGCACUAACACUGAUGGUAGCUUUACAUGCUCUUGCCCAGAUCCUGAACUGAAUUUAGCACCCGAUCGUCGAACUUGUGUAGCCGAUGAUGUUGACGUCAAGUGUUUUAAAAACUACAUGUCAAUCACACUACCCAAAACCCUCCUUCUUGGGUUAAGCCGUGAGCAUGUCACUCUACGAGAUCUCAACUGCGUUGCUACGGAAACAAAUACCCAUUACACCCUUACGACAGCUUUCACCGAUUGUGGCACGACUGCCACGUUCAGAAAGGGCGCCGUUGUCUAUAGUAACACAGUUUUGGAAAUACCAGUGGAAGGUGACGCUAUGGUAACCAGAGUUCGCGAGAUUGAGAUUCCUUUCAGUUGCUAUUUCAAAUCCAGCGGUGAUGCAAUAUCUGUUGGAUACAAACCUGACAUCAGGAAACUGGUUGUCGACGAAGAUGGGAAAGGAAACUUUUCACUAAAUCUAGACAUGUUUGCAGAUAAAAAGUUCACCCUACCAUACAGAGAAGAGGACUAUCCAGUGCAAAUCAAACAAAAACAGGAUCUGUGUUUUCGAGCGUCCGUAAAAUCCGAGGACAAAAAUUUGUCGGUUUUAGUGGAAAAUUGUUUUGCUACUUCCUCCAAAAAUACUUACCUUGCGGCUAAAUAUUAUCUCGUCAAGAACGGAUGCUGUGUCGAUAAAACGACCAAAUUCGUUCCAACUCCUAAAACUGAAGAAUCCAGAUUCUCCAUCGAAGGAUUCAAGUUCAUUGCUGAUCAUCCAUUUGUGUUUCUUCAUUGCCAAAUGAGGAUUUGUGAUUCAGAUGACCUGAAUUCCAGAUGUUCUCAAGGAUGUUUGAAAGGAUCGAGGGAAAAGCGAGACGCUAACAAUGAGGAUAAGUUGUACUCUUUGGUACAGGGCCCUCUUACAACUGAUGAUGACUUAGAAGAAACGAAAGCCAAUCAAAAGAUUGUAAAAGAUGCCACCAUACCAGCAGUCCUUCCUUUACUUGUACUGGCUGUGAUUUGCAUUGUGGGAAUGAUUUGGUUAGAUCACAAAAGAAAAAGAGUCGCUCGUGUGUAUGCUCCAUAG